UGCGGCACAUAAUCAUUGCAGCCAGUACAGCCGUGCUACCCAUAACAACUGCCGACGUCGGAUUUGUAGAUCUCCCUUUCUUCUAUCUAAUCUUCUUCUACUAGUAUUCUGUCUCGGUAUUUGCCAUCGCGUGUCCGGCGUCCCAGCAGUCAUGUCGUUCCGUGUCGUUCGAUCAUCCAAAUUCCGCCAUGUUUUUGGAACGGCGCAGAAGCACGACGUGUGUUACGACGGAAUUCGCGUGUCCAAGAACGCGCACGACAGUCCGUUCUGCUCCGCCAACACCAAGUUCAUCGCUAUCGUCGUCGAGUCCGGCGGUGGCGGCGCAUUCCAGGUUAUUCCUCUGGAAAAGACCGGCAGAAGUGAUGUCAACGCGCCAAGAGUGAUCGGUCACAAGGGACAGGUUCUGGAUCUGCAAUGGAAUCCCUUCAACGAGAACAUGAUUGCUUCCGCCUCGGACGAUUGCUAUGUCAAGGUCUGGGUGAUCCCCGACGGCGGCCUGACGGAGAACCUGAGCGAGUCGACCGUUGACUUGGCGGGACAUCAGCGUCGUGUCGGUUUUGUGCAGUGGCAUCCCACGGCAGAGAACAUCCUCGCCUCCGCUGGAUUCGACUACAUGGUAUUUAUCUGGAAUGUGGCUACGGGCGAGGCAGUGAAGCGCAUCGACUGCCACGUCGACACCGUCUACUGCAUUUCGUUCAAUUACGAUGGCAGCCUGCUGGCAACGGUCAGCAAGGACAAGAAGCUGCGCAUCAUCGACCCCAGAGAAGGCACCAUCCGUUAUGAAGGAAACAGUCACCUGGGAGCGAAGGCUAGCCGCGUGACGUUCCUGGGUAAGGAUAACCGCGUCCUAACGACCGGCUUCUCAAGAAUGAGCGAGCGCCAGUACGCCAUCUGGGACAUCAAGGACCUGUCCAAGCCGCUCAAAAUGGAGAUGAUCGACACCGGUUCAGGCGCUCUCUUUCCGUUCUUCGAUCCCUCAACGAGCAUGAUCUACUUAGCAGGAAAGGGUGAUGGCAACAUCCGCUACUACGAGCUGGUCCAGGACAGGCCUUACUGUUACUACCUGGAUGCCUACAACUCAUCGGCGCCGCAGCGUGGCCUGGGAUGCCUGCCCAAGCGUGCCGUCGACGUCGCCGGAUGCGAGGUAGCGCGCUUCUUCAAGGUCCAAGUCAAGGGACUCAUCGAGCCUAUCUCCUUCAAGGUUCCCAGAAAGUCGGAACUGUUCCAGGAGGACCUCUUCCCACCGUGCCAAGGAGACCGUCCGUCCAUGACCGCCGACGAGUGGUUGAGCGGCGUAAACCGUGGACCAGUGACAAUCUCACUGCGAGAUGGCUUCAAAGCAACCGAGCAGAAGGAUUUUGUUGCGCCUGAGAAGAAGUCUGCCGAGGAGGUAGAUAGCGCACCAAAGUCUGAAAAGGAGCUUCGCAAGGCGUACCAUGAGCUGCGCGAGGAGAACAAGAAGCUGAAGGAGAAGCUCAGCUCACAGGAGAUCCGCAUCCGUCAGCUCGAAGCCGAGCUACGCAGAUAAGCCGACCGACAUCAAAGAGAUGUGUAUGCGCCGUGUGGGCUCCAUCCCCGGCCGUUGAUCCGUACUUGGAGACAAACUCUACGUACCAUAUCUGCUCUGAACAACUGGCAGGUCACAAAGCACGACAACACUAGUGCUGUUUUUUUCUAUUCUAUUUUUUUCCCUCUUUUCUAUCGGUCCAGAAUUCUAUUUUUAGGCGUUUAUGGAUGUUGCAGUUUUGGUAACGAUUUUGGACAAAAUUAUGCUUCCUAGGUUUUCGUCUCUCCCUGUGUUGUUGCUUGUUCGCUGGAUUUCAGUGGAGUAUUUUUUUUGCAUUUUUGACAAUUUCAUGAAUUCCCCUAUGGCUAUCAAUACGUAUGAUGUAUGUGAAGAGUGCCACUGUUACUAGUGGUUAUACCCCCCCCCCCCCCUCCCUUACACACAUCAGGUAACUGCUUCAUCCAGUUUCUGUGUGCUGCCGCCCAUAUAGCUGAUCUGUUCUUCCGCCCGCACCCUGCUUGUGUGUGUGUGUGUGUGUUGAGUCUCUACUCACGAUGUCGCGUCUGUAUUUUAUUUUUCUUCCCCGCGUGUGGCUGUUGUUAGGUUCGUAUAGAAUAGUAUUCGAAGUCUUUUCUGACAGUGGCUGAUCUCCUCCUCUCUUGCGCUUGUCACAGUAUUCGUUCAUGGAAAUUUGCCUGGUUUCUCUAAGUAUUGGUUUCCCGUACCUGUA